AUGGCCGCAGUGGCAUCGCAGCCGCCGCACGGUCAGCAGCAGUACUAUCAACAAACACAGCAGUCCUCGCCCGCCGCAGCUUCGCCCGGUAACUCUCGCCGACCGACCUCGCGACGACCCAGUAAUGGCGCGUCCCCGAACACGCCUCCUCAGAUGAACAACACGACCGCCACCACCAACGGCAGCGGUCCCAUGGCGCCGCCCAGGACUUCGUCGCACCGCACCCCCAACUCUGCAUCCUCUUCAUCACAGCCCAGCCGGGCACGCGAAGAGUCACGCCGGCGAGAAAAGGACAGCCCCAGCUCACGACCGCCAGCCAGCUCGAGCAGAGCCCAGCCAGGCCACAGUCGCUCAGCCACGGCCAUUGGCCAGACGCCUGUAGGAACCAGCUUGCCUCGCGAGGAGAGCGCCGUCAUAAACCGCAUCGUCGUCUCCGACACCCAAGAUGACAUCGCCCGCGCACAAGCACGCCAAGGCGACGGCCCUCCCGUGACCUCUGGCGCAGAUCUUACUCCCAUCACGGGACUCAGUCUGGUCGGCAGCGAGGGUGUCGACGAUGGCGGCCGUGGCGGAGCUACAGUCGGAGCCAAGAGCAGACAGGACCACUCCAAGUCUGAAAACGCGAAGCGAUCCAAGUUUGGAAACUACAUCCUCGGUCAGACGCUUGGUGAGGGUGAGUUUGGCAAGGUCAAGAUGGGCUGGAAACGAGACAGUUCGGUCGAAGUUGCCAUCAAGCUCAUACGGCGAGAGACGCUUGGAAGCAACUCGAACCGUCUGCAAAAGAUAUACCGUGAAAUUCAUAUCCUACGCGGCUUGGACCACCCCAACAUCGUGCGCCUGCACGAGAUGGUUGAGACCGAGCGUCACAUCGGCAUCAUUCUGGAGUAUGCUUCAGGCGGAGAACUCUUCGACUACAUCCUAAAUCAUCGCUACCUGAAGGACGGUCCGGCAAGGAAGCUAUUCUCACAACUCAUAUCUGGUGUUGGAUAUCUCCACCGCAAGGGUAUCGUGCAUCGAGAUUUGAAGCUCGAGAACCUGCUGCUCGACCGUAAUAAGAACAUCAUCAUCACCGAUUUCGGUUUCGCAAACACCUUCGACCCCAACGACGAGCUCAGCGAGGAGAUUGAGUACAGACUGGGAGAUAAGGACUACAUAAGAUCCCUGGGAUUGGAAGGAACCGAUGCAGCUCGAAGAGGUGAUCUUAUGCAGACCAGCUGCGGAAGUCCCUGUUACGCUGCGCCUGAAUUGGUUGUUAGUGAUUCACUUUACACUGGACGCAAAGUGGAUGUCUGGAGUUGUGGUGUCAUCUUGUAUGCCAUGUUGGCUGGCUACCUACCUUUCGAUGACGAUCCAGCGAACCCCGAGGGUGACAACAUCAACUUGCUCUACAAGUACAUUGUAUCCACGCCGUUGACCUUCCCCGAAUACGUCACACCACACGCGAGAGACUUGCUGAAACGCAUCCUUGUACCGGACCCACGUAAACGGGCGGACUUGUUUGAAGUUGCGCGUCACAGCUGGUUAGCUGACUACGCGCACGUUGUCGGCUUCAUCACCUCAAGCAACACCAAUGCGGCCGAUGCUCAACAGGCAUCUGUCUAUUCAAAAGACACAUUCGAGCCGCAGCCUUCACUCGCCAGAAGCGCCUCUGUUCGCGAACCGACGAAGCCACAUACGGCACCGACUGCGCCUGGCGGCCUCCAGACGAAGCGCGAUGCGAUCAACCAGGCACCCUCCGAGAAGCCAAAGACCACCCGCGAUACCAAGCGACGAACCGUGCAAGUCGAGUAUGUCGCGCCAUCCUCGCAAACCGCUCGCGGCGAGGCAUCCCCUCCAGUCGAAACAACUCCGAAGGCACGCGGUAAAGAGGCGGAAGUACCUCCUACGGACGGAUACCAGUCAGCCACGAGCGCCAAACCUCCUCGUUCUUCUGGCGCAGUUUACAACUCGAACAACAGAAGACAAGAACCUCAACGAUCUGUUUCCGAUUACACCGCAUUCGGCAAUGCACCUCCAUCAGCUACGCGCCCAUCUACUGGUGGUGCCAUAGGCACAUCGAGAAUACCGUCGCGAGGAAACUCUUACGGACAACCAUCUGUAGCGACAGUGGCCCAGACCACAGCAGAAGGACGGUUCUCGCAACCAAAGGGUAAACAAUACUCAAUCUCGGCCCCUUACGCACAGCAGGAGACUUCUGAUGCGGCGGAGCCACCCAACAUUGGCCAGUCGAGCUCUCAGCGAGUACAGUCCAUACAAGUCGGUGGGCCACAUGGCGGAGUUGGUGGUCACAGGAGGUCUAACACGGUUUCUUCCACUCUUGGCCGCAUGACAUCCAUGUUUUCCGGCCGCCAGCCUUCUUACACCCAGGAUCCCAAGGAGUCUUUUACAUCCACAGGAUCCUAUGGCGGUUAUCCCGAGGAGAAGAAGCAGAAGAGCUACCCUCCCACAUCCAUGGCCGGACCCAUGUCCAACGAGGCAGUUUCUUUAUCAGCUGGACCCAGAGCGAGCAUGGAAUCUAGCCGACGCACUUCCUUUGGCUUCUCCAGAAAAAACACAGGUGGCUCUGGCGAGAACCCGAAAGGCAGUCGUCGCUUCUCACUUCUUCCGUCUUCACUCUCGAAGACCUUCUCUUCUGGACGGGAAAGUAUGCCAGCUCAAGGCUCCCACGAGCGACGCGGCUCCAGUGCUCGUCCUCGCGCUAGCUCGCGCCCUGGCGGGAUGGCUUUCGGUCGCGGUUCGGAAUCCAGGUCUCCUAGUCAGAGCACCCAAGGAAGCAAAUUGCCCGGUUUUUACGAUGGCCAGCAUGACAGCAACUCUAGGAUAAGACAGCCUAACACGAGCGCCGCUGGGCCCUCAUCAGCGCCACCAAACCAGACCCAGUUUGCUGGCUACAACCACUCACAACCCGAGUUUGACGAGAAGUUCCCUAACCCGCAAGGAACUCAUCCAUCUGCCCAAGGAAACCGCCCCUACCGCCACCCCACUGACGAUUCAGAAGCCGAUAUGACACAGUCACAGCAGUUCAGCCAAAGGACCCCAUCAAACCCUUACCCAGCAGGCAUGGGUGGUGAUGAGUUGAACCAGCAGCAGAGAAAGGGCGUGCUACAAAAGAGUAGGCGCUUUGCAGACGCAUACGACGAACAAGGCACUGGUAACAAGGGAAGCUCGGGUAGCUCUAAGAAGGUUAUGGACUUCUUCCGGCGCAUGGGCAAGCAGAGAACCAGCAGCCGAUAA